CGAUAAGUACUUACACCAUGAUUGCCAGUGUGUCCGGCAGCAAAAUGGCAGCGAGUGAAUCUAUUACGGACGACAGCCUUUACCCGAUUGCGGUUCUGAUCGACGAGCUAAAAAAUGAGGACGUCCAGCUACGUCUCAAUUCUAUCAAGAAGCUAUCAACAAUUGCACUUGCAUUAGGUAUUGAACGAACACGGAGUGAGCUAAUACCAUUUUUAACGGAGACUAUUUAUGAUGAAGAUGAAGUCCUUCUUGCAUUGGCUGAGCAACUCGGCACAUUUACUCCUCUCGUUGGUGGACCAGAAUAUGUGCAUUGUUUAUUGCCACCAUUAGAAUCUCUGGCCACUGUCGAAGAAACUGUGGUUCGUGAUAAAGCAGUGGAAUCUUUAAGAAAUAUUGUAAGCCAACACAGUCCUGCAGAUUUGGAAGAACAUUUUGUUCCUUUGGUACAGCGCUUAGCUUCAGGAGACUGGUUUACGUCAAGAACAUCAGCAUGUGGAUUGUUCAGUGUUUGCUAUCCAAGAGUGAGUCCAGCAAUCAAAGCGGAAUUGCGAAAUCACUUUCGCAGCUUGUGCCAGGAUGAUACACCCAUGGCACGACGAUCAGCUGCGUCUAAAUUAGGUGAAUUUGCAAAAGUUGUGGAAAUCGAAUAUCUUAAAUCAGAUUUAAUUCCUAUGUUUGUUAUCCUCGCUCAGGAUGAACAAGAUUCAGUUCGUCUUUUGGUUGUUGAAGCUUGUGUUAGUAUUGCAGCAUUGUUACAACAAGAAGAUGUUGAACAGUUUGUUAUGCCUACACUUCGGCAAUGUGCUAGUGAUCAAUCAUGGCGCAAAAAAUGCGUUAACAAAGAUAUUGGCAUACAACAACUUUCACAAUCCCUGUUACCUGCCAUUGUGGAAUUAGCUGAGGAUUCUAAAUGGCGUGUGCGACUAGCUAUUAUUGAGUAUAUGCCAUUGUUAGCUGGACAGCUUGGAGUAGAAUUUUUUGACGAGAAAUUAAAUUCUUUAUGUAUGACUUGGUUGGUGGACCAUGUUUACGCAAUUCGGGAAGCAGCUACUUUAAAUCUGAAAAAACUGGUAGAAAAGUUUGGUCCCGAAUGGGCACAGAAUACAGUAAUACCCAAAGUCUUGGCUAUGUCUAGGGAUCAGAACUAUCUUCACAGAAUGACAUGCUUGUUCUGCAUUAAUGUUCUAGCUGAAGUGUGUGGUCCAGAGAUAACAACAAAGGUAAUGCUUCCAACGGUAUUGACAAUGGCUACUGAUAACGUUGCAAAUGUAAAAUUUAAUGUCGCUAAAACUUUCCAACGAAUUGGACCUUUUCUCGAACCUUCAGCGGUCCAGACUCAAGUAAAACCUAUUCUCGAUAAAUUGAACACUGAUAGCGACGUGGAUGUGAAGUACUUUGCUUCAGAAGCAAUUGCUGGCAUUGCAGGUAAAAAUAUAUUAUGA